CAUAACGACACCAUGGCCCGCUUCACCGCUGUCCUUUGCACUCUGUCGGUCCUUGUGAUCGCGCUGGCGUUCGCCGAGGAGGAGUUCGGCGAGCCCCACACGAUCAUCAAGCGCUCCGAGGGCAACAAGUUCGUCAAGUACCACGGCAUAGGGGAGGGCGCGACCAAGAGCACGGGCACCCUGGACAAGUCGGGCUCGGGCCGCUUGGGCCAGAAGUCGACGGGAGGGAAACCGAGCACAUCCGACGGUCACUCCACUGUCGUUGGCGGCGUGCACUACGAGGCGGGGGGGUCGUCGGGGAAGAAAAGCCCACCCAAAAAAGGCAAGGGAAGGCGCUGAUGGGUCGACAGAGCCACACACUGAUAAUUUGAAAUAUAAUCCGGUCUGCAAAGUCUA